AUGGAGGUGACGUUUGGCGCCGUUGGGGACUUUAUCUCCAUUGCAACAACUCAUCUUCCUUCGCCCCAGUUCCAGGAUAUCCGGAACACGCUCGAGAGUGUCGUGGAUGAGGCGGAGAGAAGACUGGAGGACAUUGCAGUCAAGGUGCAAAAAUACACGUCAACUCUUUGUCAAGGCUCGACUGAGAGACGGAUAAAAAAGGUCGCAAGAAAAGUGCAAUGGAGUCUCGAAAAGAAGGAGACAGAAAAGUUCUUGUUGGACCUCAAUCGUUACACAUCCAUAAUACAAUCAUUACAGUUUGAUGGUUUUGCUCGUUUGAUGGAACGCAACUUUGAUAGUAGCAAGAAAGACCAAAGCGAUACCCAAGAACUUGUGAGCAAACUUCAUAAGGACUUUAACGAUCGAUUCACUAGUCUAGAAGAUGAUCUGAGAGCUGUCAGAACCAACUCGGCUAAUACGCAACAAUACCUUAUUGACAUUGGUAUGGUCGUCACUAGGCGACUUGAUAUGGUCACACAAACAGUCAACUCUCUAGGUGGUGUUGUAUUGCGAAGUGCUUCGGGCAUAUCAUUUAUUGGGACAUCUGUGCUGUCUUUAUUAUCGACCAUGCACAACACCAUUAUAAAUCGUCUCGAGCGCCCUCCCCGAAUGGGCCCUUAUUUCACCUUCGAAGACUACCUGGGGGUCGAUUCGAUCAUACUGCUUAAUUUUGUGGACUCUUGGAACGCCUUUGAGGGAUCUUUACAUGGCAAGUUCAAAGGUCGAAAAGGCGGCAGACGGGUGGCUCAGAAUCGAUUCCUCCUGCAGGAUCAUCAAACAGGAGACGAGAUUGAUCGAGAUAUUCAUUGGACCUUGGCUAUCACGCCAGGCUCUCGGAUCAACAUGAGUCUGCUAUUUGAAGUUAAGGAGGAUGAAGAUGAAGCACAAUCCCUGAGGUGCCCGUUUCCGUCAUGCGGAGCAAUAUGUGAAGGAGUUAUAGGGACUGUGAUUCAAUGCCCUUCAUGUCAGCAACUGUUUAGAAAGCUGCCAGGCAUGUCUGACGAUGAAGAGCUACCCAUAGCACCCAAUGCUCCUGAUUCGGGAAUCCAUGAUCCAAACUCGAAGCCGGGAAGUCAUUCCUCUGGCCUUGAUAAAUCUCGCAAGAGAAAGGGAGCCCCUCUGGACAAGAGACGAUCGCUACGCGCCAAAAGGAAACCGACAGAUACCCGCGAUAGUGGUUCUGACUCGGACGACGCCGACUUAACAGGGAUUAAGCGAGUGACUAUAUUACCAAUCUUACGGCUCGCUAUACGGCCAAUUCCACCAGACUCCGAGACAGAUGGAAAGCUCGGAGCUUCAGAACAAGAAAGUGUUUUGGAAGAUCAGAAAAAGAGUCGCGGCUUAGAUAGCACUACCGAGGGAGGCAGCGUUGAAACACCUUCGAAUACGAUCAAGUCACCACCAAGGGUCAAGAAUAAAAGAUUGUCGGAGCUACAAUCUCAGUCUUCUGACGCGCAACUUGCGUUCGGAAGGCCCUUUGAGAGCGGCAGGUCGUACCAAGCGAGGGGUGGUCACAACGAGCAUCCGUACGAUAAGAUUCCAGGCCCAGGCGCAUAUGCUUUUGAGAGUGCGUUGCCCGGUGGUCUUGAAUCUAAAGAUCCCCGACGCAAGUACGCAACUACACGAACCGCACGUGUCUCACAUAGGGCAUCAAACUCCCGAGACACAGGAUCCAGUGGGAAGGCGAAACACGCGAAAUGGGAUAGAGGAAAGGUCAGGAAGGCGACAGAAGCAGAUGCAAAGCGUCAUAAAAUACCCGCUGAUUAUUCUUUGAAACACUGGGACCCAGACGAGGAACCCAUCAUGCUGCUUAGUAGCGUUUUCGACGCGAAUACCUUGGGGAAAUGGAUUUACGACUGGUCUAUAUACGCUCAUGGGCCUUCGACAUCAGUAUCGGACAUGGCGGGAGAACUGUGGCUGCUACUCAUCCAGCUGGCUGACAAAUUGAAGAGGGCUGAAGAAACAAUAGGAAGGGUCAGGUCGGUGGACUGUAGGGACACGGUAGGGCAAUUCAUUGAAUCAGGGGAGAGGCUAUGGGAAAAACUGGUGUCGCUGCUCAAGAGAUGCGAGUAUCCUAUGUUACAAGCAUACAAGCUCAAAGGAAGGAAACAAAAAACCGCUGUUCACAAGCAGGGCGGUUCCGAAGAUAACAACAAGAAGUCUUCACAGGAGACCAAGACCGAAGCAGGCAGUUUGAACAAGGGACUUGAAGAAACGUCAGCGUCGAGCGAGAGAGGAAAUGGGGAAGAGACAGGAGAACAAAAGCAAGAUGCCGAGAAAAGCGCUGGUGUUGCUUUCAUUGAGACGAUCUUUGGCCGAGAUAAGGAGCUGGAACGAACUGAGAAGUGGAUGCGGAACAUGCGGCUUUACAAUCUGAGGUUCGAUGCCAAUUGCGAGGAUAUAUUAAGAAACCCUAAAAGGGAGGUUUAG